UUAAUUUUUCCAUCUCUCUAAAGACCAAGAUGGGACUUGGGAGGGACAGUGUGUGAACAGUAUAGAAGAUAAACAAAUCUCUCUUUCCCUUGCCUUGCUUUCUCCUUCUUCUUCUUCCUUCUCUGCUGGGUUGGAUUUUUUGGGUGAGUGGUUAUGGCUUGGCAAAUGGCAAGGUUUCCUUUUUGGAUGUGGGUCAUAAUUUUCUGAUCUGGGGUUUGAUUAUUAUAUCUCCCUUUUUGAGAGCUUGAAGAGGAAGCUUUGGAAUUGGGGAAGCAAAAAUCUCGUAGCCUUCAUCUUUUGUUUUGGUGAUGAUGAUGAUGAUUGAUAGUGUAAUGAAGAAGAAGGAGAUAUCCUUUUGACCAGAGAAGAAAAGAAGAAAAAGAUCAGAUAAAAGUAAGAAUUUAAAAGAAAAGAAAAGAAAAGAAAAGCAACAAAGUGAGCAAACAUUGCUGCCUGUGAUUGUCAAUGAGAGCGACAGUGUAGUGUAGGAAGGCGAAAGCAAAAAAAGAAAAAGAGAAACAAACAACAAACACCUCUCCUCUCUUCUCUCUGUUUUCUCUUCCUCACUUUUUCUUCCUUUUCCUUCCCACACGUUCCUCUGGUCUCUCCCCUGUUCAACUUUGCUUUGUUUUUUAUACGAUUUUAAUCUCUUCAUUUAUCAGAUUCAGAUUCAUCUUCAGUUUUCCCAAAAGGGUUUUGCCAAAAUGCCGAUGUACCAGCCUGCUACUUGGAGAGAAGGGGAUCCCAAGCUCGUCGUCGGCUGCGGUGCGCAGAUUCUAGAUCUGGAAACUGUGGUCAAAGAUGGGAUUCUCGGUGGAGGCGGGGGUAUAAUUUGCGGCGGUGGUGAGAAAUUGGAUCUGAAGGACAUGAUUGAGGAGUUGGAAUCGUCCAUAGAGGUUCCAUCGGUGUUCAUUUGCCCAAUCUCGCUCGAACCCAUGCAAGAUCCAGUGACCCUCUGUUCCGGGCAGACCUACGAGCGGUCCAACAUUCUGAAAUGGUUCUCUUUAGGGCAUUUAACUUGUCCCACCACAAUGCAAGAGCUUUGGGAUGAUUCCGUCACACCGAAUCGGACCCUUCACCAGUUGAUUCACACCUGGUUUUCGCAAAAGUACUUGGCAUUGAAGAAGAGAUCAGAGGAUGUGCAGGGGAGAGUUUUAGAGCUUUUGGAUUCGUUGAAGAAGGUCAAGGGUCAAGCUAGGGUUCAGUCCCUCAAAGAUCUCCGACAUGUCGUCACCACCCAUUCCUCCGCCAAGAAGAUGGUGGUCGACAACGGCGGUGUCGCUCUAAUCUCCUCUCUUUUGGGUUCUUUCACCUCUCACGCAGUUGGGUCCGAAGCCGUGGGGAUCCUCGUAAAUUUGGAUCUCGAUUCAGAGUUGAAGAAGAAUCUGAUUCAACCCACAAGAAUUUCCCUAAUUGCAGAUAUUUUAAACGAAGGGUCCAUCGAAACCAAGAUUAAUUGCACAAAAUUCAUCAAGAUGUUGAUUGUGGGUGAGGAUUUAAGAACAGAGAACGUUUCUAGUUUAAGUCUCCUCGUCGGAUUGUUGAGAAUGGUGAAGGAUCAGAGACACCCAAAUGGUGUAACCGCCGGACUCAGUUUACUCCGAACGCUCUGUUCAAACGAACCAAUCAGGAAGCAACUCGUUAGUAUCGGCGCCGUCGCAAAACUCGGCGGCGCCCUCUCAAACUUAAACACCGAUUGCUUGGAAUCGGCGCUUUAUAUUCUCGACGUUUUGUCAUCCCUUCCAGAGGGGAGAUUAGCGUUGAAGAACUGUGAAGAUACGAUUAGGAAUUUGGUGAAAUUGUUGAUGAAAGUAUCAGAGAUUUGUACUCAAUUUGCGUUAUCGAUUUUAUGGGCGGUGUUCAAGCUAGCGCCAGAGGAAUGUUCGGUGCUUGCGGUGGAGGCUGGAUUAGCGGCGAAAUUGCUGCUUGUAAUCCAAAGUGGGUGCAAUCCAGAGCUUAAACAGAGAUCUGCAGAGCUAUUGAAAUUGUGUAGUCUAAAUUACCCAGAUUCUAUCUUCAUUUCUAAAUGUAAGCUUACAAGAACUAUACAAUAAAAGAUAGCUUGUCAAAAUUGUUCAUACACCCCUUUUUUUUCCUUUUAAUUUUUGGUUUAUUAUGCAUAAUUUGAUUCUUCAAAUAGUCUUUGUGAAUGUGAAUGAAUGCGAGAAGCAAAUUUUGAUUCCCAUGUU